GUGAAAUGGAUAGGUGCUGCCUGUUUACUCUGAUAUUUUAUCUCGGUCUUUUUGUCUACGCCUGUGCAGCCGGGAACCAAUAUGGAACGAUAUCAGUGGAAGGACCAGCUUUUGUGAACAGGGAGGUAACACUGAAAGCGACACCGUUUUAUCCUUGGAAGUGUGAUGUAGAAUGGAUAUGCAUUAUGGAUGGCAGUACAACAUUCCAAACAAUGAAUGGGACAAAUGUUAAAAGAUAUUCGGAAGAUGGGUCAUUAUUUUUGAAAUGGAAGGCUUCAACUGAAUAUAACAAAGCUUACUUUUACGCCGUAUGCUCAACAAACGCAACGAUAGGAACACCCAUGGUAUCUUUAAAUAUGAAAGACAUUGUUGGACACUGUGGGGAUCUCGUGCUUUUAAGCUCGGUUGUUCGCGGCGCGAACGUCAAAGUGGGAUUUUUUCCGUCUGACUAUCAUAUACAGCGCCAAACAAGUGCCAGACGAACAUGGAAGAAAAACUUCCAAGUGAUACAGCUACGAAACGGUUUUUACGAAGAAGACAAAGUUUCUGAAUAUUUUUACAAAUUAACGGUAUUCAACUUUGAUGAAACAGACGAGGGAACAUAUACUUUAGAGUGCAAUCUAGGAGGAUCCACGGAAUCAGUACAUGUGUAUAUUCAUCAUUGUACUUCGCCAACUAUUCAAACAUGUUAUUAUUUAUAUUAA